AUUUUAAUAAACCUGUUUUAAUUAGCACCAGAAUGAAAGUCUAAACAGAUGGUUAUAUAAAUACGUGUUUAUUUGUAUACAGGUUAGUUCAGUUCAGGGUUACUCUGUUCUAAUUUAUUUUGAAAUCAAACUAAUAAUAAAAAUGUGUAAGCCAAUUUAAUAUUUUCUGAUUACAACUAAAGAAUAAAAAGAAUGGAGUUAUUCUUUAUUAUAUAGAUUUUUUAACUAAGAAAACACGCUUCGUCGUAUCCAUUAUUUUAAAUUAGGCUCAAACAGCGGUGUGGUUGAUCGACAAACCAAAAGCGGAAGUAAAUGUUCGGGUAUCAUCUUCCGUGCGCCGUUGCUCAAUAAUCUUUGAUUCCGGGAUUAGAAAGCAAAAACAGGAAGUGGCUGUUUAAAACUACACUGCGCCUCCUAGUGGCCGAAAACUAACAACAAACUGUCGUAGUUGACACGCAUGUAGCAUGACGCGUCUUUUUUAUAUAAUUAGCCACGAUGUGACGUCAGUAAACAGUCUGGAGAGGCGCGUGAUGAUAAAUAUUCUUCGUUAAUCAGAGUUCAGUGUGUUAGCGGAAACAGUUAGCAUCGCGUUAGCUGCAGCAGCAUGUAGCGCAGCAGGAGAGGGGAACCCACUUCACAGUCCAUGUUUGUGUUCCGAGCCGUGACUGCGGGCUUCACGUUCAUCACUCUGGCCGAGCCCAUGAGCUCCGUGGCGGCGGCGAGCCCCUGUGGGCUGCCGGGCUCCGCGGCGGGGAGCCCCGGCCGGAGGAGGCUGCAGAGGCUGCUCGGGGUCCCGGGCUGCGCCCCGAACCGAGCCAACGACCUGCUGCUGCUGCGGCCCGACACCGACGGAGACCAGGACAAACACGUGCUGUUCUUCCACGGAGACAUCCAGAACUUCCACGAGGAGAUGAGCCUGCAGCCCGAGGCCGCCCAGUGGCUCACCUGGAGUCUGGAGCAGGUGGCCCUGAUCCUGGGCCGCCGGUUCCCGGACCGGUACGUGUGGGUGGUGCGGGCGUCCCGCCUCUACCUGCACAAGUUCAGCUGCUACCAGAACUUCGUGGACAGCAGCGUGUUCGGCGCCCCGGAGCAUUCUGGGUACUCUGAGUGUGGAGCCUUCCAGCAGCUCAGAACCCUGCUGAGUAACGGGAUGGAGCGGGCCAAGCUGCAGAACCCGCUGCGUCCAGCAGGAGGCGCCGGCCCCCCUCCUGGCUUCUCCCUGGUCCUGGUGGGUUUUAGUAAAGGCUGCGUGGUCCUGAACCAGAUGGUCUACGAGCUCGCCGGGGCCCGCGCCGACCCGCACAUGUCCCCCUUCGUGGAGCGGGUCUCGGACAUGUUCUGGCUGGACGGGGGCCACCCGGGCGGCAGCGAGACCUGGGUGACGGACCGGGCGGCGCUGAAGGAGCUGGCCUCCAGCGGGGUGUCGGUCCACGCCCACGUGACCCCCUACGAGGUGCGGGACCCCAUGCGGGCCUGGGUGGGCCGCGAGCARGCACUCUUCAUCCAGACCCUGGAGGAGCUGGGGGCGUGUCCCAGCAAGAAGCUGCACUUCCAGGACGAGCCCCCCUCCAUCCAGAACCACUUCCGGGUCAUCCUGGAGUUCUGAGGCGUCAGGGUUCUGCUCUCAGACCCGGCCUCUGAUUGGCUGCUUGUUUAAAGGUUCUGACUCGGUUCAGGUGAGACGGUCUCAAAGUAACGUUGAAUUUAAUCAAACUUCUUACAUUCUUUGAAUUUUUGCACUGAUUGUUUGAAAAAAGAGAAAAUAUUUAAUUUUCAUUCCUUCAGUUUGAGAUAAUUUAUCUUUAAUCUGAAACAGAACCGUCUCACCUGAACCUCAAUCUGAAGAAACUAAACAUUUUCAUUUCCUUCACAAUAAUCUGCUUGGACUAAUCUAGUGUGGACUUUAAUCCGGUCCUGAUCCACUCAGAUAUGGAGCUGAAUUGGGGCCAUAAAGUUUGUAAAAAAUAUAUAAAAAUUAGAAACUGUUCAAAAGUACUUGCAUCAUAAUUAUAUGGCAGGCCAUUGUGUCAUUUAAAAACAUGGCAGGUUGUUGCAUCAUAUUAUAAACCUUAUAUGGCAGGCUGUUGUAUCAUAAUUAAUGUAUAGUAGGCCAUUGUGUCAGAACUGAAAAGUAUGGCAGGCCAUUGUCAUUAAAUUCUAAGCAUGGCAGUUAGUCGCUUCUUAUAAAUACUGAUGUGUAACAGGUCAUAUUGCUCAAUUAAAAUGUAUGGCAGGCUGAUGUAUCAUAUAAUUAAAGGUACAGGAGGCCAUUGUUUCAGUACUGAAAAAUAUGGCAGGUCAUUGUCAUAAAUUCUAAGUAUGGCAUAAACAAGUCAGAUGUGUCAGAAACAAGUCAGACAUGUCAGAAACAAGUUAUACAAGUUUGACGUGUCAGAAACAAGUUGUUAUACAAGUCUAACAUGUCAGAAACAAGUCAAACAUAUCAGAAACAAGUCAUUAUACAAGUCAGACAUGUCAGAAACAAGUCGUUAUAUAAGUCAGACGUGUCAGAAACAAGUCGUUAUACAAGUCAGAUGUGUCAGAAACAAGUCGUUAUAGAAGUCAGACAUGUCAGAAACAAGUCAGACAUGUCAGAAACAAGUCGUUAUACAAGUCAGACAUGUCAGAAACAAGUCGUUAUACAAGUCAGACGUGUCAUAUCACAAAUUAAAACAUGUCAGGUCAACGUAUCAUAAUUAAAAAUAACCAAUAUAUUUUCUCAGUUUCAAAUAAUUUGUUAAAAAUAUUUUUUAACAAACAGUUAGAAAUCGAAAAAGUACUUAGAAAUUAAAAAUAUGGCAGGCCCUUGUGUCAUUUACAAAUAUGUCAAGUUGUUGCAUCCUAUAAUAAACCCUAUAUGGCAGACCAUUGUAUCAGAAUCGAAAAGUAUGGCAGUUUGUCACUUCAUAUAAAUGCAGAAUGUAUGGCAGGUCAUUCUAUCAUAAUCAAAAAUAAAGUUUACUCAGUUUAAAUUUUAGUUAAAAGUUUUAAACAAACUUUAUGGCCUCAGCAGAGCUCCGUAGACAAACCUCAGCCUUUCAGCCUGUUUGCAGAUAAAAGUUUGAGUUUAGCUGCUGCUCGUCGUGUUUSAUGUGACUUCAGAUGCAUUCCUGUGUUUACGUGGACAGAGGUUCUGCAGGACGGUUCUGGUGGGACAAAAGAAAACAGAACCAGGCUCAGCGUGUUGUCUACAACCUUUAAUCAGCUUCUCCAGUUGUGARGCCGCCAUGUUGGCCUGCUGCGGAUCACAAUACAGAUCAUUUCUUUUUUAAUGCCAUUAGAAUAAAAAAUAUAAAAUAAAAAAA